AUGGGGUCGAACGGUGGAAGUGAAACCCUAAGAAAGCCACCAGUCAAAAUUGUCGUCGCGGGAGCAAGUGGAUUGAUAGGAAAGAGACAUUUGCAGCAUGUCGUCGAUGAACCCGAGGCUGAACUUGUUGCGAUCAUCGAUCCCGACGUGGUUGGCUCUGAGCUCGCAAUUCAACACCGAUGCCCGUGCUUUCAAAACGUGGCCGACUUUCUGGCUUCAUUGAAAGCUGGGGGGAUCUCGGCGGAUGCCGUCAUUCUCGCCACACCAAACAGUACACACGCAUCCCUAGCCACAGAACUUGUGAUAGCAGGCCUGGCGGUGCUGGUGGAGAAACCAUUGACUGCAACGGGUGCUGAGGGACGCGAGCUGUUGAAAGCCCGCAGCAAAGCUCCUUCCGGCAAGGUUGUGGUCAUGGUCGGUCAUCACCGAAGGCAUAACCCGUAUACCAUCGCUGUCAAGCAAGCCAUUGAUGACAGGCGUCUCGGAAGGAUUGUUGCCAUCAAUGGAGUCUGGGCUAUGCGCAAGCCACCCGAAUACUUUGCCGUGAAUUGGCGGCAACAGCUAGGCUCUGGAGGAGUUGUCUUGAACAAUGCAAUCCACGAAAUCGACCUCCUCCAAUACCUAUUGGGCGAUAUCGUUGAAGUCUACGCUGUUGACGGCGUCAAAGAGAGGCCCUAUCCAGUAGACGAGACGGUUCUCACCACUAUGAAGUUUGCGAGUGGCGCAGUGGGCUCGUUCUUGUUUUCCGACACUGCGACAUCGCCACACUCCUGGGAAGCCGCGACCGGAGAGAAUCCUUACAUUCCCGCCGCUGGCGAAACCUGCCUCACGAUCUUUGGCACAAAGGGCUCAAUAGGGAUUCCUUCAUUGACACGAUUCCACCAGGACGAUCGCACGCCCCAGGAGCAGAACUGGUCUUUCCCGUUAUCGAGAGACGGUGCUCUCAAAGACCAGAUCGGUGAUACUCCACCACUGUGCCGUCAACUGAAGCAUUUCAUCGCCGCCAUACGCGGCGAGGUGGAACCAAACUGCUCUGCUGAGGACGGGCUGAGGGAUGUCAUGGUGAUUGAGGCGAUAUUGAAAAGUCUGGCGAAGCGCGAGCCUAUCAUCGUUGAACGGGUGUAA